UCGAUUCCUUCCCGCCGCUUCCAGCACACCAUCCCGAAACACCUGGAACAGAUCGCCCAGGAAAAGGAUCCGAAGUUUUCCAAAAUGAUCCAGUACUUCUUCCACAAGGCCUGCGUCAAACUGGAACCUCGGUUGAUCGAAUACCUGAAGAAGUACCCCCGGCUGAGCGAGGACAACCGCAAGAAGCGCAUCCAGACCAUCAUCCAGCUGGUGGAAGGGGCGGCCAGUACGAUCGAGGUCCGUUUUCCGGUCAUGCGCGAUAAUGGGCAGUACGAGAUAUUGACCGGAUAUCGAUCGCAUCACUGCGUCCACCGGUUGCCGGUCAAGGGUGGCAUCCGGUACUCGAUGGAUGUGACGCGGGACGAGGUGAAGGCCCUGUCGGCGCUGAUGACUUUCAAGUGCGCCUGCGUCCAUGUGCCGUUCGGUGGUGCGAAGGGAGGCAUCAAGUUGGAUCCGAAGAGCUACAGCAGCAAGGAGUUGCAGGGCAUCACAAGACGGUAUACGACGGAGUUGGCCAAGAAGAACUUCAUCGGACCGGGGAUUGAUGUUCCGGCGCCGGAUAUGGGAACGAGCGACAGGGAAAUGUCCUGGAUGGCGGAUCAGUACAGCAAGACCUUUGGACACAAGGAUAUCAAUGCGCUGGCUACGGUGACGGGGAAACCGCUGCACCAGGGUGGCAUCCGAGGACGAACGGAAGCGACCGGGAGGGGAGUGUUCAUUGCGACGAACUGUUUCGUGAGGGAUAAGGAUUGGAUGAAUGCGAUUGAUUUGAAGCCCGGAAUGGAGGGGAAGACGGUGAUCAUCCAAGGCUACGGAAACGUUGGAAUGUACGCAGGGCAUUUCUUCAAGCAAGCUGGAUGUAAGGUGAUUGGAAUCAAGGAAAAGGACGUUUCGUUGCUGAACAAAGACGGUAUCGAUGUGGGUGAGCUUGCAAACUAUCAACGAUUGAACAAUACCGUCAAGGGAUUCCCUGGGGCGAAGGAAACGAAAGAAGAUUUGCUGCUGCAUCCCUGUGAUAUUCUGAUCCCGGCAGCGAUUGAAAAGUCGAUCAAUUCGGACAAUGCGGGUAAGAUACAAGCAAAAAUCAUAGCCGAAGGAGCAAACGGUCCGACCACCCCGGCAGCGGAUAAGAUUCUUCAGAGUCGCAAAAUUCUCGUCAUUCCGGACUUGUACUGCAACGCCGGAGGCGUCACGGCUUCCUACUUUGAAUACCUGAAGAACAUCAAUCACAUUUCAUUCGGGAAACUGUCAUUCCGGCAGGAAUCCCAGAAUCUGAAGGAAGUGCUCAAAUCGGUUCAGGAAUCGCUCAAGGAAGCCGGAGUAUGCGUCAACCUUAAACCGACGGAAGCGCUGAAACACUAUCUGGACAGUGCGAGCGAGGCGGACGUCGUGGCUUCCGGAUUGAAGUUCGUACUGGAAACGGCUGGCCACGGUAUUAUGACCAUUGCCAAUCAGCACAAGUUGUGCUUGGAUUUGCGAACUGCGGCCUACAUCUGGUCGGUGGAGAAGAUUUUCAAAGCUUACGAAGGAGCCGGUUUAGCUAUGUGAUUGCAGUUGAAUAAUUCUAAUAAUAUUAACAAAUAAUGGCUUUCUUUCAUCUCUAAAUAUAAUAAUUGUCU